GCUCUUUCCCUCAGCCUGAUGAAAUGUGAGUGAACCAUGACGCUGCCUCUGUUCAGUGGGUUUGGGUCAGUGUGUGCGUGUGUUUGUGUCUGUGUGUGUUUGGGUUGUGAUGAAGUUUGAAUCUAUCUGGUUCAGCCAUGGAGACUAAAACAAAGCGGACACAAGCAACGACAAACUGUUGACAAACGGAUCUCAGACGCGGCACAGAACGGACUUUAAUAGACGAUGUAAAAACUGGAUCGUACCGGGACUGAAGCUCCUGCCUCCGGCAGUAAGUCGCCCUCCUCCCUGGGUCCGAUGCCUCCGCGGGGCGACAGGAGCUUCAAGCCGGCACCGGUGUCCCCUGCUCCGCCCGUCCCGCCGAGGAGGGUCAGGAGCCGGGACAGGGGCUCUGGCAGGACGCGGCGCUCCGGGACGGAGACAGGGGCAGGGUCGGCGGAGAGGCGGGUGAAGUGUGUGCUGGUGGGGGACGGAGCUGUGGGGAAGACCAGCCUUGUGGUCAGCUACACCACCAACGGGUACCCCACCGAGUAUGUGCCCACCGCCUUCGACAACUUCUCAGCUGUGGUGUCAGUGGAUGGGCAGCCAGUCAAACUACAACUGUGUGACACGGCUGGACAGGAAGAGUUUGAUAAGCUGCGUCCUCUGUGUUACACCAGUGCAGAUGUGUUCCUGCUGUGCUUCAGUGUUGUCAGUCCCGCCUCUUUCCAAAACGUUCCAGACAAGUGGGUCCCAGAGAUUCGCAAACACGCCCCGUUCGCUCCACUCGUUCUGGUUGGGACACAGUGUGACCUCCGAGAAGAUGUCAAGGUUCUCAUCGACCUGGCGAGGUAUCGGGAGCGGCCCAUUGAGCCAGCGGACGCCUGGGACUGUGCCAUGGAUAUCGGAGCGGUGGCCUACAUGGAGUGCUCCUCUUUGACCCAAAAAAACCUUAAAGAAGUGUUUGACACAGCCAUACUGGCCAGUCUGCAGAACUACAGCUCCCAGAAGCUCCCGAGAGGGAAACAAAAACGACAGAAAAAGCAAAUGCAGACGCCGGACAAGAUGACGAGUCUGUCCAAGUCAUGGUGGAAAAGGUACUGUUGUGUGGCCUAGAGCAGACCUGUGAUCAGAUUUGGGUCUUGCUGAGUCCGACCCUCCUUUUACUUUAUCCUGGUCUGGAUUCUGCUGAGUUGGGGUUGUACCUGGACUCAGUCUGGGUUUCUCUGUAAUGGAGCGUGAUGUUGAGCAGGAUCUCGACUGGAGUGUGGCUGAGAACCAAAGUAAGACUGUCAUGCAUCUCAAAUAUUUUAGUUUUUCUUUGGAGAUUUAAGUAUUAUCAUGGAUGAGAUUUCCUACUGAGCCCAGCCUGGUUCUAUUAAGCCCAGAUAACCAAGAAGUGCUCCUAUAUCCCUGAAUGAACCUGGGGGUUUUGUGCUCUAAUAACCUGGAUUCAGCCUCAGUUUCUGAGGAGAAGCUGCUCCUUGCUCUCAUGAAAUUGAACUGGAAUGAAACAGGAGUUGUUAUCUGUGAUAAUGUUGUUUAGACCGUUUCAGAUUUGAGCAGGAGCAGAGACUUUGAUUUUCUGGUCGGGGUUUAACACAUGAAUUAUAAUUAGUGGAAAAAAACCUUCUCAAAAUUGAAUGGGUGUGUAAUUGUUGUGUAGGUGGAAGGGACCUGGACUGUCUUCAGACUACAACUUUAAUUGUUGGUGACUUUAACAAAACUACAUUCACACUUAUCUUUAUAAUAGUUUCUAUCUCCACACUGGAGCAGCCCUUAUUGUUUCAUCACUGAACAUGAUUUAUGUUAGAACUUAGUCAACAAGUUUAGCCCAUGGUUAAUUUUAGAGCUUUUUUAUCACUGGGCUGAUUGUUUUCUAAUGAAAGAAACUAUUUUAUUCCGCAGCUUAUAAUUUUAUCCUGGUCACAUGUGGUGAAGCCAGCAAACCUAAUCUGGAACCUGCACAAUGGUUAAUAUCUAACUCUGUUUUGGGAUUUAUUUAACGUCCCUCCAGAGUGAAGCCAGACUAAGUUUGGUCAAUGGCAAACUUUAUACCCUCUUAAGAAUGAAAAUUAUUUAUUUCGCCUGGUUCAAAAUCAACCCCUACAUAUUUUAGUAAAGGAUGCUGAACAAUGUCCAGACUGUCUGAAUAUAUGAUGAAAACACAAGCACCACUGUAAAGGUUUUAUCUUACAGAAACAAUCCAGGAGUCAGGGACUUCUGCAGGGCUCCACUGGUUGCUGAGCCAGUUUAUCAUCCUCAUCUGUCUGACCUUGGCACUGAAAGAUUGUACAGACUCAGAAAAUUGACUGGUACAAAUGUGGUUUUGUCAAACUAGAUCUUUGUUGGUCCUCUCAGCCUGAAACUUGCAUCAGCAGACACCGGAAACUAAAAACGAGUUUUAGGCAUUUGUUCUGCUUUAGUGGAUGUUUGACUUAUCUUACAAGAUGCAUGCGAAGCCUUAAGCAUGAACACUUAGUACUAAUUCAACCAAGUGCUCUCUGCAUGUAUUUGAAUUUACAAAAUGGACUAAACACAGUUGUUUUUUUCUUUUCUCAGGCCUUCUAUGCAAUUGUGUGUAAGACUGUGAAACUUCUACCAUGUACAUAUUCAGUGAAGUAUUUUCCAAGUAGCUAUCAACUACAUUUUGAUUCGUCUUGUUUGUUGCUCUACAUUUGCUCCAUUUACUCUAAAUCUGAUCCUCUGUAAUUAUUAGCGUGGCAGCCAUAGGUCAUUUCCACCACUCUGAGUCCAUGCUGCGUUCAUACUACAGAGACACCCAUUGUCCACCACGUGUCUGCUGUAUGCAUCUCUGCAGCCUGUUUGCCUUCAGAUUCGCUUUAAUAUGUUGUUAAAGCAGAAAUAAAAAGGCAAGCUAAAACACUAAAUGUGUAGCGACACUCAGCAGCCACAGCUUCCUUUGUACAAUAACACAAGUGCAGAUCCCCAGCCUUUAAAACUAUCUCUCCACAGUGCCUCCAUGUGAAUGGCUCUUUGUAUCUUAGAGUCACUGCAGCAGCAGGAAUGAAAGAGGUUUAAGUCCGACUGAAGCGGAUCUGCGUUGACUCAUUGGUGUUAUCACUGUUGAUUCCUUAGUCCCGAAUUAUUGUUUUUAUCAUGUGUGCACAACAUAAUGAACCUGCACGUGAACACAGGGAUUAUUUUUUUUUGCCUUUGACGACUUUAAGGACUAUGUAGUAUAUGUAUUGAUAAGACAUAAAAACAAAAAAGGAUGUUCAAGCUUACGUUUCUUAAACCCUUUAAACCUGUUUGACUAGACAAAGUUUCUGAGACUGCUGUAAUGUAAAAGUCCAGGAGCAACAUUGGUCUCCACCGAGCAAUAUUUCAUGUGACAAUAUUCGAGUAGUUUUGUUAUUAGUAAGUUUCUGACUAUAUCUCUUUAAAAGUCAACAAUAACCCUGAGCCAGAGGGGGUUUGAGUGGCUAAAGGUGACUCAUAUCUCAUGUUUCUAUGGUGAAAUAUACGUUAGCCCAAAGCUAAAGGACCUGUUAUGCCUGAGCUAUCAGUAAUCUUAUAUCGGGUGAGAGGAGUGUGAAAGUUGAGCAGUUUUAGACUUAAAGCUAAACUUGCGCCAACUUUCAAAGUGGUUCAAAGUUAGUUUCUCUAUUGAUGUGAAGUGGAAUGAGCUGUCCUGUGCCUUGAAAUCAUUGUAAUAAUUAUUUUGAACGCAACUCUAGUAUUGAGGUAUGGGUCAAAAGGUUUAUUUAAAUAAAUUCCAACAAACUGAAGCUGAAAUUGAAUGACUUUUGCAGGUGUUUUCACUGAGGUUCAUACACCCAAACUGGAUUUUCACAGCUUACUCCAGAUUGUUUUCACCCUCUACCAGGUCUCAAACAACUAAAUCCGUAUGUUGGCACCAAAAUACGGUUUCAAAAAGAUUAUCUGCCAAAGACGUCCUUGUGUAACCCAAGCUGAUCUUGGAGCAGCAUUGACAGGGUUGCCCUUCAAGACCAAUCUGAGAAACCAAUCAGUUUGGAACAUUAUCCUUGUGUUGCAUUCAGGUGUUCUCUGUAACACUGGGGCUCCUGAUUUUUGGACCGUGCUUCAUUGGAGCUCUGUGGUUGUUUUCUGUCGAGGAUGCUACCACUGCAACUGAAUGGUCUCACUGUGCCCAUGUUUGACUUCAUGAUAGCAAAUGUAUUGUUUCUUACUCGGGGGGAGAGGCAUAAUAAGUUGCUUGUCUCUGUUUGUCGGCAGUCUUGGUUGAUGGUGGAUUUAAUUUGGCCAAAGGUCACGCAGAUCUUUAUGAUAUCGCAUUUCCUCUGUCAGGUUUUAUCUGUCAUUUUCACAGUUUUUUCUCUCAUCACAUCGGGUUUUGUUUGCAUGCAGCUUAUGGUCCAGGCCUGCAUUCACAUUGAGAAGCUUAUAAACUGGGUCAAUUAAUUCCAGUUUAAAUUCAUCAAAAUGGCAUGAGUGACUUCUUGGUAUGUUGCUAUUUAAUUAAUCAACAAUAGCUUCCAUGUGUCUGACAAGGAUUUCAGACUGAAUGUCACUUUAUUUAGGUUCCUCUCUCCUUAUCCAGUCUACAACACCUAAACACAGAAAUUAGCUUUAUCUCUUAUCUUGUAAAACGACUCAUCCUCUUUGAACCACAGACUGGCCUUGACUGACGUUUUUGGAGAAACGUUACGUGGUGAGUAGUUUAACGGUAACGCAAAUAGACGAUAUCCAUAGAUACAGAAAACUGACUCAGUAAUGUUUCUAACUGAAGUAAACAAAAGCGACUGGUCGUUUCAGAGCAGCGCAACCCCUGACUGCGUUGAAUUGAACAGUGAUGCAUGUUUCUGCUUAUAGAUUCAUUAUUUUCAUGUGUAGGACUGAGGUUGUGUUAUUUCUUUUUUUAAACCAGACUUUUCUGGUUGAUGCUCAGCAGUGUGUGUCCUGUAUGACGGAUAUAUGGCCCUGGAAUGUAGAACAGACAGGUCUCUGAAAGUGAACUAUCCUGUGUUAUAUGGAGACAUGGUGGUGACUGAGAAAUGUGGAGACAGAGUAUUGUGCUGCAGAGCUGGUGUUUUGCUGAAAGAGUGAUAGAAAUGUCAUUGUGUGUUUGGGACAAUGUCGGUUGCUCUGAUUGCCAUUGAGAAAUGUGUAUAUAUAAUGACGAUUGCUGGCCUCAGUUUGUGUGAUUUAUUAGUGUUGGGGUAGGAUCAAUCUGCACAAAAGAAGAAAUUACAAGUUUACUGAAAAUUAAAUCAAUGAUCACAUUUUGAUGAAAGUUGGUGCCGGUUUGCCUAUGUGCUACUUACAGUAGUGCUGAAAUCCUCUCAGUGUGGAUCCUUGAAAUACAGUUUCAGUUUUAUUUACUUCACUGUUUAAAAAUGUGAGUGUGCAAACUAAUGGCACUUACAACUUGUGGAAUAUUUCCAUUAGACCUCCUCCAUCGGCAGCCUUGACAUGGCAGCCGGGGCUACAAUGCAAUCUUAUGGGGCAACUGCGACAUUCUAUGAAAUGUCCUCUAAAUGGUAUUUUUUCACCAAUAAAAGGCUCGAAUGUAAUUUGCUAUGGGCAUAGGUUCACAGCCCUCAUAACAACACCACCAGUUUCCAGAGAAAGCGGUGCAGCAUCUCUGUGACCCUCCUAUGCGUAUUGCCUCUCUCUCUCUCUCUCUCUCUCUCUCUCUCUCUCUCUUUCUCUCUCUCUCUCUCUCUUCUCAUUUACUGUUCAUUUUGAAGAAGCUCUUCGUUCUGGAAGACAGCUCAUCCAGAUGUUCAAGACCGAAUUGUGAGGUUUUCUGUUUGAGAAUAUUGUUUCUUUACUUACCAAAUGUAAAGCCAGAUUAAUUGGUAUUGUAUUGUAUUAAACACAAACAAUAGUUAAUUCUUGAGAUUUAAUUAUUUUCUCACUGAGGUUGAUAGCCCCAGAAACACAGCUGAGCUCACUCACAUGGAACACCAGCUGAGAACUUCUGUAGCAAACCAACGCUAUCGUUCUGUAUAAACCAUGGCUGGGUUUUCAUUUUUUCUAGCAAAUGAAAACAUGGUAACAGAUAAUACGCUGCUUCAAUCUGUUCACAUCGAAUUCUCUGUUGAACUGAGGAUGUCAGACAAAGGAAAAUGUGUUUGUACAAACGUUUUAUACCCUGAUAAAUAAAGAAUAUCUGAUUUAA